GGCUCUUCCGCGCCGGCAGGGGCAGCAGCGGGAGCAGCGCGGGGCGGAGCGGCGCCAGCAGCCAGGAGCGGCCCGGCCCGGCCCGGCGUGGCGGCAGCGGCGGCGGCGGCGGCGGCGGCGGCAGCGGCAGCGGCAGCGACAGCGACGCCAGAGCCCGUGGGCGCCGUUCGCGAGACCGCGGCAGGGGCCCGGCCGCAGCGCGGGGAGGCCCGGAGACCGGAGGUCGCCGCUGCCGCCAUGCCGCUGCUCUUCCUCGAGCGCUUCCCCUGGCCCAGCCUCCGCACCUACACGGGCCUCAGCGGCCUGGCCCUGCUGGGCACCAUAAUCAGCGCCUACCGCGCGCUCAGCCAGCCUGAGGUCGGCCCGGGCGAGCCGGACCAGCUAACGGCCUCGCUGCAACCCGAGCCGCCGGCGCCCGCCCGGCCGAGCGCGGGGGGACCACGGGCCCGCGACGUGGCCCAGUACCUGCUCUCAGAUAGCCUCUUCGUGUGGGUUCUAGUAAAUACUGCUUGCUGUGUUUUGAUGUUGGUGGCAAAGCUCAUCCAGUGUAUCGUGUUUGGCCCUCUUCGAGUAAGUGAGAGACAGCAUCUCAAAGACAAAUUUUGGAAUUUUAUUUUCUACAAGUUCAUUUUCAUCUUUGGUGUGCUGAAUGUCCAAACAGUGGAAGAGGUGGUCAUGUGGUGCCUCUGGUUUGCCGGACUUGUCUUUCUGCACCUGAUGGUUCAGCUCUGCAAGGAUCGAUUUGAAUAUCUUUCCUUCUCGCCCACCACGCCAAUGAGCAGCCACGGUCGAGUCCUGUCCCUGUUGGUUGCCAUGCUGCUUUCUUGCUGUGGACUGGCGGCCGUCUGCUGCAUCACCGGCUACACCCACGGAAUGCACACCUUGGCUUUCAUGGCUGCAGAGUCUCUUCUUGUGACAGUGAGGACUGCACAUGUGAUUUUACGAUACGUAAUUCACCUCUGGGACCUCAAUCACGAAGGGACGUGGGAAGGAAAGGGGACGUACGUCUAUUACACAGACUUCGUCAUGGAGCUCACUCUCCUGUCCCUGGACCUCAUGCACCAUAUUCACAUGUUGUUAUUUGGCAACAUCUGGUUAUCCAUGGCUAGCUUGGUCAUCUUUAUGCAGCUUCGUUACCUGUUUCAUGAGGUGCAGCGUCGAAUUCGUCGGCACAAGAACUAUCUGCGUGUGGUUGGGAACAUGGAGGCCAGGUUUGCAGUUGCAACUCCAGAGGAGCUGGCUGUCAACAAUGACGACUGUGCCAUCUGUUGGGACUCCAUGCAGGCUGCGCGGAAACUGCCCUGCGGACAUCUUUUCCACAACUCCUGUCUUCGUUCCUGGCUAGAACAAGACACCUCCUGUCCAACAUGCAGAAUGUCUCUUAAUAUUGCUGACAAUAAUCGUGUCAGGGAAGACCAUCAAGGAGAGAAUUUGGAUGAGAAUUUGGUUCCUGUAGCAGCAGCCGAAGGGAGACCUCGCUUAAACCAACACAAUCACUUCUUCCAUUUCGAUGGGUCUCGGAUUGCGAGCUGGCUGCCAAGUUUUUCGGUUGAAGUGAUGCACACCACCAACAUUCUUGGCAUUACACAGGCCAGCAACUCCCAGCUCAAUGCAAUGGCUCAUCAGAUUCAAGAGAUGUUUCCCCAGGUUCCAUACCAUCUAGUGCUGCAGGACCUCCAGCUGACACGCUCAGUUGAAAUAACAACAGACAACAUUUUAGAAGGACGGAUUCAAGUACCUUUUCCUACACAGCGGUCAGAUAGCAUCAGACCUGCACUGAACAGUCCCGUGGAAAGGCCAAGCGGUGGCCAGGAAGAGGGAGAAACUUCUGCUCAGACCGAGCGUGUGCCACUGGACCUCAGUCCUCGCCUGGAGGAGACGCUGGACUUUGGCGAGGUGGAAGUGGAGCCCAGUGAGGUGGAAGACUUUGAGGCUCGUGGGAGCCGCUUCUCCAAGUCUGCUGAUGAGAGACAGCGCAUGCUGGUGCAGCGUAAGGACGAGCUCCUCCAGCAAGCUCGCAAACGUUUCUUGAACAAAAGUUCUGAAGAUGAUGCGGCCUCAGAGAGCUUCCUUCCCUCGGAAGGUGCGUCCUCUGACCCGGUGACCCUGCGUCGAAGGAUGCUGGCUGCCGCCGCGGAACGGAGGCUUCAGAAGCAGCAGACCUCCUAGCGCUCCCUUGCCUUCCUCAGCUGCCUCCUGCGCCCUGUGCCCAACCGACCGGAGGAGGCCUGUCCCAGUUCUGCCCGCUGUGUGGAGAAGCGGGCUUGACUGCAUUGCCGCUGUAUAAAGCAUGUGGUCUUAUAGUGUUUGGACAGCUGACAAAUUUAAUCCUUCUUUGUAAUACUUUCUAUGUGACAUUUCUCUUCCCCUUAGAAACACUGCAAAUUUUAACUCUAGGCAUGAUCUCUUCUGGUGUUGACUGGACUGCUUGGGGUAGGGGAUGAUCAGGAGGAAGUGAGCAGUCGCCUGCCUGCAGCAGGCAACUUCAAUUCCUGCCUCGUGUGUACAUCCCACAAAUGCAGGUGUCCUGAGCACCACAUCCAGUGGGAAGAGUGUCGGGGAGACGCACAGUGUGAGCCUGCCCCCACAUCAUGGGGUAACAUCUGUUAUCAAACCGCUGUCCUUGUUGUGGAAGCACGUAGACUGUGCCAGAGGCCAGGCCCACGGGCUCAGGCACCCCUGAGCCAGCAGGGCGUCUUGGAAAAAUAACUCUUGGUUCAAUACCUGGAGCAGAGGAGGGGAAAGCCCAGGGCUGCAGGGUGUGACAAAAUCACCCCUUUCUGUCCCACUGUAUCUGGGACUUUCUGAUCCCCCAGUCCAAAGCCGGCUUGAUUUCCGCGAACUCUGGUGCUCCUGCAUCUCAUGAGUGUGCCCCAUGGGUUCCCUCCCCUCUCAGCAUUUCCUUGUCCCCUCUGGACCUGCGGAGUGGUUAAGCAGCAAGCUUUGGUUUAUGGUUUUCAUUCACUGGUCAAGUACAUUAGGCAAUGCUAAAGCCUGUGGGUUUGGUCCUUGAACAAGAUGUGGGCCUUGCAAGAUGGGAGAGUAAACCUCGAAGGGCUUUAUUAAAGAAAUAAAAGAGAACUUUUGUAUCUUUCAUCCUGGGAGCACUGCGUUUUCCUAGCUGUGUUCUUCCUGGUUUAAUUCAGCAGAGAAGGUAAGGUGUGAACCUACAUGCCUUGGAGCAGGCCCAGGUCCCAAAUCUCUUCAAAUUCUUCACAUGUUUAACUUUAAGGAUUUGAACUGUGCAGUCUUAGGUUGCAGACUUCAGUUUUAUGCCCCACUGGAUUACUUUUUUUUUUUUUUUUUUUUGAACUGUUUGAAAGCUUUGUUUUGUGGUAGUCCUUUUGGGAAGAAUCCAGUAUUAUCUACAAUUAUUGGCAAAGUUUAAAUGUAUUUUACAUAACUGAAAGUUUUUAGAAUGUUGAAAAGUAAUUGAAAAACGUGAUAGGUAAAUUUUUAGGCAAAGAUAAUUUAUUUCAAUAAAUCUUUCAAAAGCCUUACCUUGAAAUGCUGUUAGUAAAUUUCUGUGAUUUUUUUAAAAAAAAAUUUUGUUUUGCUGAGA